AAGUGAUUUGCCUGAGAAAUGUGCAGGCCCUCUCAUUCAUCUAGUACAAUGUUUCUUAUGAAUACCUCUCCUUUGGUAGCCCUCCAGAGAAAAUGGGAGCCUUUUGCCCAGGCAACGAGCUGUCGAUACCCUGUCUGCUUCUCAGAAUCUGAAGAUGACAUUGCUAGAACUUCUGUAAGCACCAAAGUACAGAUGAUCAUAAACAAUCUGCAAAGUGAAGAGUCAUCCUUGGGCACUACCAGUGAAUAUGGCUGUAUUUUGCAGGAAAAAAGGAAGGGAGUGAAAUUCAGAGGCCACAACCUGCGGGGCCAUGGCAGGAUGCCACCACAGGGGCUUGCAAAGUAUGCCCGGGGCAGUUGCCCUGCUGACUCUGAUGGCAUGGAAGUGGAAGAGCGUUCAGAGUUUGGGCCCCUCCUGCUGAAUUCUGACAGUGAUGAUUCUGUUGAUCAAGAAAUAGAGGAAGCCAUUCAAGAGUACUUGAAAAACAAAGGCCAGAACAUCCCACCCUUGCCAGGCGAUGCCAAGAGUUUGCCCAGCACUCAUGCAGACAAGAGGCUCAGAAAAGAACAUCCUUCCUAUGAUGUAGCUUGUAAUGCGUUCCCUGCCAGUGUGAAAGUUGAUGUGAUCCCUCAGCACCUUGCUCCUGACUUUCUGGGAGAUGACACGCUCCAGUGGACCCCCUCCCCUUGCAGCGUGAGCAGUGAUGACUCAUUUGAACAGAGUAUAAAAGCUGAGAUAGAACAGUUCCUCAGUGAAAAGAAACAGCAAGCAAGAAAGAAGAUGGUGUCUGGGGGGAGUAGGAAUCUGGAUCAGAAAGAGGCACAGGAGAAGUUUACAAGUCAGAAAAUCGGAACUAGCAAAGCAAGCCCAAGUUCUUUCAAACGAGGAGGCAAGACGUUCUUCUUAAGGAGCUGUCCUGAAGUGCAAAACGUUAGCACUCCUCCCAAAUGUCUGAUGCUGAAAACAGAAGAGCUUGUGGAUGUCAAAAAAACAAGCCAAGUGUACCUUAAAGUUCCUGCGGCUGGCCAUUCCUACAUACUGGAGCAAAGUAAUGAUGGUGAGAUCAGGCAGAAGUUUUGUAAAGCCAGAGGAGAACAAGGCCCUGAAAGUGCGAAUUUAUCUGAUUCAAGUAGUGAUGAUGGCAUUGAAGAAGCUAUUCAGCUUUACCAGCUAGAAAAAGUCAGAAAAGCAGCAAAUGCCCAAGCAGGCUGUGUUCCUUCUCAGAAGGAAGGCCUUGGGGCCGGGGAGCUAGCAGAUAUAUCUGCAAACCUGACAAUCCAUCAAGAGAAAAGUGCCUUGCCAGAAAACCCCAGAGCAGCCCUAAGCAGCAAGAGGAAACAGCUCAGCUCAAAACCUACAGAAUUAAAUAGGAUUGGCUCGGGCUGUAAUGAGCUGGGGAAAGGCAGAUGUUGCAUAUCUCCAGCAAACAAUUUUGCCAGUGGUGCUGUCACAUCGCAGUCCUGCAGAGCAGAUACUGCAGCUGAGCUGAUGUGUGCAGAAGCCAUCCUGGACAUCUCCAAAACCAUCUUGCCACCCUUUGUGGCAGGCAACAACAGAUCCCUCUUGACAGACCCUUUCUUCCACUCCCAGAGUGUCCCUUCUUCCCACCCAGAGAGUGAUGGUAAUGCCGUGGACAGCGAUGACAGCAUUGAACAAGAGAUCAGGGCAUUUUUGGCUAUCAAAGCACAGACGGAACGUUUGAUAAUAAGAUCUGAUGAGGCCUCAAACACUAACCCGACUCCUCUGUCUUCUGGGCAGCCUGGGGAUCAGACCAAGAGGCCGAAGCGGUCCUUCCCCAACACAUUGAAAUUAUCCCUGGAUCAUAAAAGGAACCUUAAAAAGGAAAGCAGUGUAGCAAGACAGAGACAGGACAAACAAAUGACAUUAUUGGAGAUGGGCUGCAGCCAUCUGGAUAGUUACAGCCAUUCAAAACCCUUUACAUCCCAAAAGGAGAACGUUCUGAACAGUGUGAAAAGCAGUGACACUGGUGGGGCGUCUAAGCAACAAGAAGUCGCUCCAGCCACAGCCAGUUCUGUGGAUUUUGUGAACCCUCCAUCUCAGGGGCUUCUGGGCACGCAGGGGCUGGUAAAAAAUACAAGACAAGCUCUGCAUAAAUACGGCACAGAUGACAAGAGCAGCUCCUUGGACAGUGAUGAGGAUCUGGACACAGCAAUCAAAGACCUUUUAAGGUCAAAACGGAAGCUGAAGAAAAAAUCCAAGGACCAAAAAAUUCAGUGUAAGAAGAAGGUGAGAUUUGGGAACACCAAGAUGCAUAUUUUUGAGGAUAAACUUGAAGUCCUCCAAGACAAAGACUGCAAAUCCAAAAACCCCACCUUGCUAAAAAGCUGCCUCAUAAGAUCCAGAAGCAACAUUAGGGAAGAGAGUAUACAGGAGUCCCAGUGCAUUGUGAAAGGGAGUUCCAAAAGGGAAGAGGCUAGGCACCUUGCAUUAACCUUCGGAAAGGGAUGCCAACCAGUUCCUGGGCCAGACAGCCAAGCAGCAGCAAUAAAUGAUCAGCAUCCUUGGAUGGCCACACCCUUGAUGGAAGACAGCAGUUCUUUGGAUAGUGACGACAGCAUUGAACAAGAAAUCCAGAAGUUCUUGGCAGAAAAGGCCAAAGAUUCCUCAAGUACUGUGGAAAUAGCUGGGGCUUUUGGAAUUGUUGACACUCUGAAAGCUGCUCAGCCCCGAACUGCUCAGCCAAAAGCAAAGCGCAAACAGUCAGUGGCUGGGGACAUUGCCUUAUUGAAGCAGAAUAAGAGAGCGAAGAAGUGCUGUCAGCCAAUGACUGCGUUGAGAAAUUGUCUGAGAACUGGAAGAGAGAGUGCAGGAACUGCUUCUCGAAUUGGUGAGCAAGCCGUAACAUGCGCAGAAGACAUUCACAGCCAAGCAACAGUGAAGCUGCAGGGCAACCAGAGAAUUGUGCAAGCCAGAGGGGCUGGUUUAUCUGUAAAGAGAAUAGCAGUAGACAGGAAGGGGGUCUCUGACGGCAAGCUUGAUCAGAGAAGCCUUCUGUCUUGGAAGGAAAAGGCUGAGAACUGCAAACUGCAAAAUUAUUUUAAGUCUAUGUCCCCUUUCAGAAGAAAGAGCCCACGUGAGUUCAAAAUUUCCAGCAAGUGUAUAGCAGGCUUCAAAAGUGCCCAGAAGAAGAAAUCUGUGCUUUUGAGGAAAAGGCGAAGCACAGAUUUGUCAGUACCCCAGAGCAAUGUGUUCAGGAGGCAAGAAGGUUUGCUUGUUGAGAAAUGUAAAGCUCUUGUGCAAAAAGGGGUCCUGGGUUCCAAAAGUGAGACAGAAGAGGCAGACUUAUAUCUAAGAUGUUUGGCAGAGCAGCUAUAUCCCCAUGUAUCAGAAAAAACGGAGGUUGUCCCUUUAAGUGUAGAAGUGGUCAGUCUUGCAAAAGCCAGACCUUUUGGUGAUGAAGAGCCUUGUCCUCAUGCAAAUUCAAAGCAACGCUCUCUUUGUCAGGAGCCCAGCAUGGGUGAUGCCAGGGGGGUUCAUGUUAGCUCGAUACCAUCUGAGAUCCCUGUUAAGGAAAAGGAAGGGAAAAUCCAUGAUCACAGCAACAGUUGGGAGGGACUCGGUACCCCCAAGUCUUGUGACUCACCAUUGAAAGAGAGAGGGUUGAUGACUCAUCAAGACAGAAUAGCUGAGAAGCAAAUCCAGAAAGAUGUAGAGGGGGGUUCUGCAGAAUUCACAGAUGUACCUGUGGUGGCACACAGUCAUGGUCUGGAGAAAAACAAGCCCUCCAGUUUUUUCUUGGGCAGCUGCAUUGACCCAGGGUGGACAGUUCAGCCGUACAUCACUUUGUCGCCAGGGCAGCUGUGUGAACAAGACUCUAAUGAUGCAGAGUAGGAAGAAAGUGCUCCAGGUAGACCAUUUCCCUUUUCCCUUGGAAAAGAGCUGGGAGGCCUAGUGAUCAUAAAAUCGGGGCUCCACCAAUCGGCCCCUGCCGGCUCUGUCAGCCCGCCCUACCUCUCAGUCGGGAAAGACCGCGGCAGAGUUGGGGCCGCCAGCACGGCCCCUGGAGGCAGCACCCCGCGGACCCCGACGCCACCGGGCCGCGUCGUCACGCUGCUCGUCCCCAGCCCUCCCAGCCGGGACGGCGAUUUCCCCGGGGCCUUCGCGGGCCGGAAGCAGUCGGCCCCGCCCCUUCGCCCCGGUCUUCCUGCGCGGGCUCUUCUCUUUGGGCACUCAUCAGCCCUGAGGGUCUUCACAAAGGUACUCAUCACUCUGGUAGUGCUUCUGAGGAAGCAAGGGAUCCACGUCUUUCCCUACUUGGACGACAUCCUGGUGAGUGCCCCCUCCAAACAGGCGGCAAUUCAACACACCUCGACAGUUCUUCACCUCCUGGAACAACAUGGCUUCCUCGUGAACUGA